AUGGCCGCAGCAUAUGAAGAUCCGAAAGUAACGUGUCCAAUUGACAAAUCUCAUGAAAUUUUUAGGUCGAGGUUGCCGCAACAUCUAAUUAAGUGUUUAAAGGCUAAUAAACUAGUAAAUAAAAUGAUAUGUCCAUACAACACUACGCAUUUAAUUAAUAUUAACGAGAAAGAGAAACACCUGAUGGAGUGUGAGAGCUAUGCGAAGAUUUUUAUUGAGAGUGCUGAGAUGGCGGAAAAACCCAACUACUCUGGAGUUGUUCACUUCGACGAUGCUGUAGAUCAAGUGACGAGGGCUCUCGAAGCUUCUGGGAUAGAUGGACAAGAAGAGAAAGUAUGUUUUAUCGACGGCCCGGCGUACAAUCCUGAAGAAGCUAAAAUUAAUGAACAAUUGUACCGGCAAUUGAAUGGUGAAGCCAAGUCUGCGAGAAAGAACUUCCGUAGAGAAGAAGUUAAGAGACAUGCUGAACUAGAAGCUAAACAAUCGACUGUAAUGCAAAAUGGCGGUCAUCGAUCAAACAAGGCUAAACUCAAGAAGACGCAUCGACCAACCGCACUUAAAGAUAAGGGUAAAAAAGACGAUACUUCUGAAGACGGAAGCAUUUAUCAAGGGUUGCCUUUAAAUAAACCCACUGAACACAAAAUUUCCGAAGACUUAGGUGAAGGUUCCAACGUAAGUAGAGCUGAAGAUGAUAACAGUGGUGCAAUCGCAUCCCCGGUAAGAAGUAAUAAAUCUGCUGACUUGGAUACUUCUAUUAAAUCCAAAGAAGAGCUUAUUGAAGACACUAAAACUGAGACUGACAAUUUUCUGGAAGAAUCAGAUUAUGAUAACGCUACCUCUGAACUAUAUAAAAAAUAUAACGUACACAAUGUUUAA